AUGACCUCAAUCUUUCUCACCGGCGCAUCGGGCUACGUGGGCGGCCAGCUCCUGCACGAGCUCACACAAGCCCAUCCCGAGUACACCAUCGCCACGCUCGUGCGCGACGCCAACGCAGCCGAGACCAUCGCAAGGGCGUAUCCGAGAGUGCGCACUGUGGUGGGCGACCUAGAUGAUAGUGCGCUCGUGGAACAGGAGGCUUCACAAGCUUUGGUUGUACUGAGUUAUUUGGUUCAAAUUUCUGGUGCGAGUUUAUUGCCUGUUAAGGAUUUGUCUUCACCGUCCUUCAAACCAGGUGAACCAUCCAGCGACGUUUGGGAUGAUCUCGAUGGCGUCUCUUCCAUUCUAGACCUCAUCCGCAGCCACGACUCUCGCGUGGUAGACAACUACAUUCUCAAAAUCGCAAAAGAAACACCCUCUAUCAAAACAGCCCUCGUCCUCCCUCCCAUUAUCUACGGAAAAGGCCAAGGUCCUGUUAAGCAGCGCAGCGUUCAAAUCCCCGCACUCUCAAAAGUCGCCAUUGAGCGAGGCCAUGCCGUCAGAGCGGGUCGCGGUCUAGCAGCCUGGACGAAUGUUCACGUCGCUGACCUUGCGAGAUUAUUCACGAUUUUAGCUGAAAAGGGCGCAGAGGGAAGUGAAGAUGGGAAUGUCUGGGGUGAGAAGGGGAUUUAUCUUCCUGGUGUUGGCGAGCGGACAUGGGCCGAUAUUUCGGAUAGAGUCGCCAAAGCAGCAAAGGACCAGGGACUGAUUGACACACUUGAAGUCGAAGAGCUGUAUAAACCAGAGGUCGACACUGCACUCCCGGCUGGUUCAGUAUUCUUCGGCAGCAAUGCCCGAAGCAAGCCCCGUCGCGCCACUGAAGUCUUGGGCUGGAAGCCGAAGGAGACAGGCCUCGAUGAAGAGAUUCCGCGAGCUGUGGCUGAAGAGGCAGAGGCUCGGAAGUGA